CUCGUUGGCGCCGGGAUUGGAGGCACGGGAGGUCUGGUGAUGUCUGGUUCCAAAGUAGUUGAGAUAAUUCUCACGAAGUUAGGAUUAAAAGAAGUACAAGAAGCCAUUGAUGUGGACAGGGAAGCUUGUGCGCAACUGCAAGAAAAGUUGGAAGCUCUUGAGAACUUCAUCUACGACCUAGCAGAGUUUCUGAAACCUCUUCACGACGAUGCACAGUUAAAAAGAGAAUUAGAAGGCAGUGGUUUUACAUUCCUUCAAAAUUUAGCCUCAAGUGAAUUCGCGACUUCUCCCGAAGAGAAAGUGGAAUUCGGCGCCAGAUUCUUCCGGGUUUUUUCGUCCGCGGCGUCAGUCUCGGCCUCAGCGUUCGCUACCGCGGGAACUUUGGCGCGAAGCGCGGCUUUGGCAGGAACACGCGUUGCACACGUGGCCGGUUCAAUAGUAAGCGCGGCUCUUCUACCUUUGGACAUCACUUUACUAGUGAAGUCGUCUUUAGAGCUUCAAAGAGGCUCAACUUCUAAGGCGGUGGAAGAUAUCAGGCAGAUUUUAAGCGAGUUGGAAUGCCCAGAAGAGGAAGAGAUUCAACUCAUGGUGGAGAGUUUUAUCGACGAAAAGUUUACUGAGGCCUAUAAUGAUGACAUAGGCAAAGGCGAAGAUGACAAAGGCAAAGAUGACAAAAGCAAAGGCGAAGACGCCACAGGAAAACCAAAAAAUGGUGGCGCGAACAAUGAUUAGAUGGUUGAAGAGGCUGGGACUUUAUAGUUAACAUUUAAACUCACAAAAUCUGAUUCGUUAAUCUCCCUUCUGACUGUAGUAUAUUUUCUCAUAAAUUACUCAAGACAAUUUGGUGUUAAACAAGACAACCCUCCUUAGAUGAUAGGCUUAUAUAAUCUCAACAUCUGUUUGCUAGAUUAUGUAUCGCAAUGUGUAGGAGAAGUUACACGUUGAUCUAUUCUGGGAGGCUCAGCUUUAUCAAGUUUUAGUCGUUUCUGCGUUAACAAUUAGUUACAUUAGAAAAAUAUACUUUUUGAUGUAGAAACAUCUCGAUUAUUGACGAAAUAACUUUCAUACAAUUUGAGAAGAAAUUUGUCCUUUAAAUUUUUUUCCUAAAAGUGGCGCGUUACAGAAAACUGAAUUUAGAUUAACCUGAUGUAAAACAAAACGAGCUUAAAAUGAAAUAGAAAAUUCGAUUAAUGAAUGAGGGUAUUUAAAUGUCUUCGUAGAUAGACCUCACUAAUUUAUUAAAAUGUCGACGAAAUUGAGUAUCGUUGGAUGUUGGUAAAAAGUAAGCUAAUCUAGAAGACGGUAGUAUUUAAAACGUAGCGGUUUAAGUUAUUUAAAAGUUGUUAUUGGAAGUUGUCACACUACAAACUGCAUUCAUGAACAAGAUCAUUAAGAAGAGAUGCAGUUUAUUUGUGCUGUUAUUUACUGUGUUAGACGCUAAGAUGAGAAAGGUUAUCAAGGCGGGAGAUUAAUAAAUUCUUCUGCCUUGCUUUCAAAACUGUACUUGCCUUUAAAAAUUUCUCUAUCUACUAAUAGAGAGGAUACGGAUACGAAACUACCAUGGUGCACGCAUAAGCCACUAACCGCUCUGUUCACGUGCAACUCUAACAAACAUUGCCUGUUCUAAAGAGCGAUCUUUCACCUUUUUUCGACCAAGAGGGGCAAACAAAGGAACACAUUUUUCUUCUAAAUGGAGGCCAUUGUACUUAUUUCCUUACAAAUUAUUUUGCAGCGAGCAAAAAAAUAUAUAUAAACAGUAGCAUUCCCGCCUUGUUACGGUUGAAUUUGUAAGAGUUCUCUUGUACGGCUUUUAUAGUUCUACUACCAAAUGGCUCUCGGUGAGUCUUUCCAAGUCCGUUCAAUUUGGACAUUUGUACCUUAAAAUGCACAACAGAAGCUGAAGGAAUUCAAUGAAAAAAAGCCCCAUCGAACCCUCAUGUGUGUAGUUGAAGUAUCUCCUUCGAAAUUAUGGAGGAAAGACCAGAUCUACUCACGCCAUUGCAGCAAACAAACGAGCAAAUUCUCACUCAAAAAAUUUUGAAAUAAAUAAAAAAAUUGGAAUUUACUUACAAUUAUACUUUCCUUGCCAUUUACUUACUGAACAUAGGUAAAUCUUCCUCAUUAAUUAAUCGUCGAUGAGAGUGAAUAAUAAUUUCCGUAAGAUCGUUGACUGCUUUUCAAGAAAACAUUGUCGUGACAGGCCUUGCAAAUCUAGUUCCGUUGUUUUUUCAAAAGUGUGCAUCCGCUUUUUUUUUUUACGCGCUCUCUAAUUGACCGGUGUCAGAUUGUAACAGAUACCUGUAAAAUAAUGUUUCAAAGUUCGUUUAGAAGCCUUUUAAAAUCACGUUUAUCAUUACGCAAAUCAAAAUAUUUCGGGGAAGCAUCUCUCUUUAAUUUGCAUUACCUCUAUUUAAACUACCACAUACUCGCUCAAAAAUUGUUCAGUUUAUGGAAGAUCUUGCCGUUACUACAACCCUCCACUAAAUCAUUCGGGUUUUUUUUGGAAAGAAUUUCGUUAAGCUUAAGGAAAAAAAAGUGUUAUUCACCAGCCUAAGUCGGUCCGUGUCGGGAAAAACUGCGCCCUCAGUCUUGAGUACGGUUUUCCUCAAUACAGACCUUCCAGCUGGCGAAUAACCGUGUACUUCUCAGUUCUUUAGCAGAUCCACGCACCGUACAUUCAUUUUCGGACCAGUAUUCAUUCUUUUAAUGGAAUAUUGAAGAAAACCACCCUUAAAAACCACCUUUAAGAGGCUGCACAUGACAGAAACAAUCCUUUCAGAAUUGUUCACGUUUAUUUGUUAUUUAUUAACCGUUUAUUUGUAUGAUAUCAGGCAUCAGACACGUGCACAUGCGCUUGUCGUGUGUUCAGUAUGCAAAUAAAAAUCAAAGUUUCUGGGAAUUGACUCAAUUUGAGUCACUCUGUUACGGCGUACUGGAUAUAUGAAUACGAGUUAUCCAUAAAAGAAUGAAUUUUCAGGAUCUUGAGUCGUUAGAGGUGGAUUGGAACGACGGACAAAGGUUUGUUCAAGAAUAUGUGUAUACCUGUACGUCAAGAAUGAUGAAAUAUUUUGAAUUUUUCGAGACCAUUACGCUCUAACGAAUUCACGAUCAAACUUGCGGAAGGAGGAAGUUUAUCUGUAGACUUCUAAAAUAUUUCGUGGUUAUUCAAACAAAAUCUUACAUUUCCCACCAAUCAACAUUGUUUAAAUCCAAUUUUGAAAAACAGCAACGAAAAAGCGACAAUCUCUCUCCAAAAUCGUGUUUUUGGACGUCGAAACAAAUUUGGCCCUAUACAGUCGAACCUCGAUUAUUCGGACCUCGAUUAUCCGGAGUUCUCGACUUUUUCUUUGGUCUCACAUGAGGAGCUUUGGCCCCGAAAAAAAUUCGCAGCAUGCAUUCUACGGAGGCGUUAUAUUUCUGUCAUCAGUGUAGAGAAUUACAUCAACGUUUGCGGUCGGUAGGUGUCUGUGCGGUUACUUAAACCUGUUGAUUAUAAGUUAAAGGUUCACCUAAUUAUUAAUACUGCAUCUAUGCUCGAAUUUCAAUUACGAAAACACAAGAAAUCUGGCAUUAAAAUCACUUGGCGCGAUCUUAUCAUGGAGGCUGAAGACUUCGAUCGAUCGGCUGAGCUUUCUAUAGUUACGGGAUCCAAUCUCGACCCCAAUAAGUCCUGGUAUGUGCUAACGAAAAGUUAAUGUGAAAUCAGGCCGAAAGCUUUUGCAAAGAACGAAUUGUUUCGUCGAUUCCGCGAUGACUACAAUACGUUCUGUCCGGCCAGCAGGUCUCAAGCGCGCCAACAAAGGCUAGCUGUUCGUUCAACGCCAGGUAACCAAAUAACAUGCAUGUUAUAUCUUCAAUUGGUCUCCAUGCCAGAUUAAUUAGACAGGGAGAAAUCCAGCAGAUGGAUUCGUAAGGUCUCAAAAUAUAAUCUUGUUGUUUAUGCGGUAAAUCAAAUCGCCCUCGACCGUACACUUUAGGCGGGAAAUGCUUCCAGUCGAAAUAUCAUGGGAAAUUGCAAUGAUGUCAGUCAAGAAUAGCCGAGCUUGACAAAGACAUUCGGGAACUAGUAAAUGAUAAUAAUUAUAUAAGUAGAUGCCUCAACUUUCAGUCAAAAGAAAGAGUCCAGACAAACAGCGGUCUCCUGAUAUAAAUUUGUGUGAAUUCAAUUUUUCGUGCCCUCUUGGGUAGUGUAUACCUGAAGGGUUAUUUAAAUCUCUUGCAUACCCUCUUGGAUAGUGUAUACCUGAGGAUUAAUUUUUAAUAUCUUCUAUACCCUCUUGGGUAGUGUAUACCUGAGGGUUAUUUUAAUCUCUUGCAUACCCUCUUGGAUAGUGUAUACCUGAGGAUUAAUUUUUAAUCUCUUCUAUACCCUCUUGGGUAGUGUAUACCUGAGGGUUACUCUUAAUCUGUCCUAUACCCUCUUGGGUAGUGUAUACCUGAGGGUUAUUCUUAAUCUGUCCUAUACCCUCUUGGGUAGUGUAUACCUGAGGGUUAUUUUUAAUCUCUUGCAUACCCUCUUGGAUAGUGUAUACCUGAGGAUUAAUUUUUAAUAUCUUCUAUACCCUCUUGGGUAGUGUAUACCUGAAGGGUUAUUUAAAUCUCUUGCAUACCCUCUUGGAUAGUGUAUACCUGAGGAUUAAUUUUUAAUAUCUUCUAUACCCUCUUGGAUAGUGUAUACCUGAGGAUUAAUUUUUAAUAUCUUCUAUACCCUCUUGGGUAGUGUAUACCUGAGGGUUAUUUUUAAUCUCUUCUAUACCCUCUUGGGUAGCAUAUACCUGAGGGUUAAUUUUAAUCUCUUCUAUACACUCUUGGGACUUGAGUAGUGUAUACCUGAGGGUUAUUUUUAAUCUCUUGCAUACCCUCUUGGGACUUGAGUAGUGUAUACCUGAGGGUUAUUUUUAAUCUCUUGCAUGCCCUCUUGGGUAGUGUAUGCCUGAGGGUUAUUUUUAAUCUCUUCUAUACACUCUUGGGUAGUGUAUACCUAAGGGUUAUUUUUAAUCUCUUCUAUACCCUCUUGGGUAGUGUAUACCUGAGGGUUUUUUUAAUCUCUUGCAUACCCUCUUGGGUAGUGUAUACCUGAGGGUUAUUUGUAAUCACUUCUAUACCCUCUUGAAUAGUGUAAAUCUGAGGGUUAUUUUUAAUCUCUUGCAUACCCUCUUGGGUAGUGUAUACCUGAGGAUAUUCUUAAUCUCUCCUUUACCGUCUUGGGUUGUGUAUACCAGAGGAUUAUUUUUAAUCUCUUGCAUACCCUCUUGGGUAGUGUAUACCUGAGGGUUAUUCUUACACUCUCCUAUACCCUCUUGGGUAGUGUAUACCUGAGGGUUAUUUUCAAUCUCUUCUAUACCCUCUUGCGUAGCGUAUACCUGAGGGUAUAAUAACCUUUUCUUAUCCCUCCUAACUCGGUAGUCGCGAAAGACGAUAUUCAUACGAGUGAAUUUGUUCCCAAUGACCUAAAAUGCAAUAACGAUGUUUUAGACCAGCUUCUCCCCUUUUAUUGUCGAUUUUGACAAGACUGAUGUCUUCGGAAAAGCUUAAAAUGCCGUUCCAAACUAAAACCUUCGCACAUAGAAGAUCAUUAUAAGAAUAACUGCAUUGCGCCGAAGCUUGAAGACUGAACAAGGCGACCACCAGUUGGAAGCGAUGUGUAUUCUCUAGAUUAUCUAAUCAACACAGUUUCUGGACUUUAAAAGUUGAAAACCAUGACCUGUACAAAGAAGGGUUUGUCGGAGUUAACCUUACGUAGGCCUAGGUCUUCGAUCAUGGAGGUGAAAUCAGCUUUACCGGUGCCGCUUUUUAGGCUAUUUUUGUGUUUCUUCGUUUUACGUGUUUUAAAUUGUUCCCGUUAUAUGUUUCUUUAACAUUUGGUAAGGAAUAUUUGUGGACCUUGUGUUAACGAUUUACUGUUGUCUUCUUUACGACAUGUAUUGUCUCUACAGAGAAAAUAAGCUUAGCGUACCGCCCCUUAAGUUUUUUCGAAUUAGACCCGUUAAGUUUGUAUGAGACAUUUCUCUGGACUCUUGUUUCUGGAAAAUGAGUGAACAAAAAUUGCAAAGUUGGAUUUUUUAAUGUUAGGAGUUAGUUUGUUGGCUGUAAACCAGUUAUAAAGGUUUUGUAGCUCAUUUUUUACCAUUGUCUAAAGAUCUUUCAGAUUUUUGUCCGCAUACAAAAUGUUAGUGUCGUCUGCAAAGAGGUAAAACCUAAAUUUAUUCAAGCAUCUGUGGAUAUCACUGACAUAUAGCAAGAAAAGCGAUGGUCCAAGAAUUGAUCCUUGAGGAACACCACCUCUAACGACAGCUUUGUCUGAUAUAUGAUAGCCUACUUGCGUUUUUUGCGUGCGAUUUUUGAGCUAUGAGGAGAAACAAUCAUUAAUUAACCCACGAAAGCCAUAGUGAUUGAGCUUAUCAAGCAAAAUGUCGUGAUCGACGGUGUCGAAGGCUUUUUUAAGAUUAAGGAAUACUCCACAAGAUAACAACCAUUGAUUCAUGUUUGUUUCUAUAUCAUUAACAAUGUCCAAUAUUGCGUGUUGGGUUGAAUGCCCCUUACGAAAGCCGUAUUGUGAGGAAUACAAAAGUUCAUGUUUCUUUAAAUAGCUCGUCAAUCUGUUGUAAAUUAUUUUUUUGAAUACUCUAUUAAAAUUUAAAAGUAAAGAGAUAGGUCUGUAGUUGUUUGCAUCUGUAUCAUCGGCGUAAUUUUAGCAAUUUUGAGCUUUGAUGGAUAAGUCCCUAAUCUGAUAGAUGUAUUUAGUAUCCCUGAAAGAACAGGGGCUGUGACGGCACUCGAACAUUUGAGUAGUUUGGUAGGUGAGGAGUAUAAACCAUAAGACUUAUCAUUCGGUACAAGUAAUAUUUCUGACAAUUCUUCGGGUAAAACAGGUUGAAAUAGGAAGGAUGAAAUUGGAGAUUUACACUUAUCAACGUAGUCUAGAUGAUGUUUUUGGGGAAUGGGUAGGUUAUUAGCAAGUCUGUUUCCGACUGUCGCAGAGUGUUCAUUAAUAAUGUUAGGUAUCCGCGAACCUUCCUUAACAAUUUUGUUACGAUUAUUAAUAAUCCUUUAGUGCAGAUGUGACUUUGAGUUUUGUUUCCGCGGAUGUAAAAGUUCGUUGCUUCCUUGUUGACCAUACUGUUUUCGAAAAAUGUAUCAUAAUAUCUCCUUUUGCUUAAGCGUAUCAGUGUACAAAUUUUAUUUCUAUAGUGUUUGCACUUAGUUUUGUCUCCAGUUGCAUAUAAUUUAUUUCUAACCUUAAUGGCCGCUUUAUUUCCAUUAGUUAUCCAAGGGUUAGGUAGCUGUUCUGCUUUGCGAUGAGACAUUUUUUUCAUUUUUUUCAACAAUUGUAUUAUACUUGUUGUAAAACGACGAAAACAAUUUGUUCACACAAUUUGUUCCAUUUGCAAUUAUUCGAUUCCAGUCAACUUCAGACAGCUCAUCGUUAAAGUGAUGUAGGUUACGCUGAAAUCUUGCAGAUAACGUGAUGAAUGGAAAAGUUAAACAUAGUCAAGCAGAUUCUAAAGUGCUUCAAGAAAGGAAUUUUAAAGUCUACUCUGGAUCACGUACACAAGUCUACACACCCUGCUUUAAGGGUCGUUUUCGUGAAAAAUAUUUGGGGUCUGUGAGGACCUUGAGUGGAGCUCUUAAAGAGAAGGGACAUGUGGCACUGAAAAGGGGGGGGGGGAAGGCACAGAGUUUUUAAGAGGAAACGGAGCGGAGAGGGAAUCACUUAUCGCCAGCAGAAUAUAAAAGACUGCCAAUAAACUGCUAGUAGGGGGGAGGAAUGGAAAGGAUAAGAAUAUUACAGAGUCUUAUGGAGGGGGGGGGGGAAAGGGGGGAAUCAGAUAAAUGUUAUCGAGACAAAAUCAAACUCCCUCAGCUUCCCCUCCCCUCUCUCAGGCCUCAGGCGAAUAAUACUGACCUAUCGGAAAGCAGCCCAGCACCUAAACAGAAUAGAUCCUUAAAAGUUAAAAUAAUUCUUUUUCUUCAUUGAAUAUUUGUCUUGCAGUAUUUUAUUGUCAGAAGAAGUUUAUGCCCAAGUCAUAACGAGAUUCCGAGAAUUAAACCGGUUGGAGGAAGAGUUGGUUGACACCUUUAAGCAGUGGAUUCCGAAGAGGAAACGCACUAUGGAAAAACUGGAGGAACUUGCAUCCAAAUUACACGGGCAACAUAUAAAUGUGAGUAAAUCGACCAUAGCAGGUGCUUCCGCGAGUACCGUAGGAGGAAUCCUAGCGAUAGCGGGCCUGAUCGCCACGCCCUUCACUUUUGGGGCCGGGCUUGUGGUCUCCCUCGUUGGCGCCGGAAUUGGAGGCACAGGAAGCCUGGUGAUGUCUGUUUCCAAAGUAAUCGAGAUAAUCCUCGCAAAGCUAGGAUUGAAAGAGGUUCAGGGAGUCAUUGACGAGGACAAGGAAGCUUGCACGCAACUGCAAGAAAAGUUGGACAUCCUUGGGAGGUUCAUCUCCGACUUCAGAGAAAUAGAAAGCAAUGGUUUUGAAUUUCUCCACAAUCUAGGCGGAGAGGAGUUCACGACUUCAACUGAGGAGAAAAUAAAUUUCUCCGCCAGGUUUUUCCGAGUGUUUUCGGGUGCGGCUUCGAUAGGGGCAGGAGCUUUUGCUGCAGGUGCUUUCGCUCGAGCUGGGGGUCUGGUGAGAGCGGGUGCUGCCGCGGGCGCGGGCGCGGCCAACUUAGUCGGAGGAGUUGCUGGCGCCGUGCUGUUACCUGUGGAUAUCUACUUGCUGGUGAAAUCGUCUUUAGAGGUGCAUAAAGGCUCAACUACGCAGGUUGUGGAUGACAUCAGAAAGUUACUAGACGAAUUGGAAUGCCCAGAGGAAGAGGAGAUUCAGGAGAUGGUAGGGAAAUUCAUCACCAAGAAAUUAAGGGAGGCCUUGAAUGAUGGGGAUUCAAACGAAAUAUAA